UGACGACGGUUGGCGGUGGCGCAGAGCAAGUGAAAAUAAUGGAUGAUGACUGGGUUGAUAUGGAUUCUUUCACGCCCCCAUUCCUCACUGAGAGUCUGGAGAUGGCAAUGGAAGUGGAGAAAGAGAACUCCAAGCCGUCCUGCUUUUCUUGUGUUUUUGACAACCAAAACGGAGGGAGAAGCUUCUCUUCAGAGUCUUAUUUGGCUAGUGGGUCUCUUAAGAGGGUUUUGCUGAGACUAGAUCCUUCUCCAAAUGACUAUGAGGAAGAUAUAGUGGAAAUGUUUGGCUUUCAGUGGGUAACUGAAACAGCAUUGGUUGAAUCCUGUGGUCUUCUCUUUGGACUACUUAGGCAACAGAUAUACAGAUUGGAAGACCUAGCACAGAUGAGUUCCUCUGAUUUCAGUCAAGCUGCAAACAUGCACUCUGAAGCGGACAGCAUCAGGCAGCAGUGUAUUGAGUUUUUGCAUUAUGUGAAAGUUUUCAUCUUUAGGUAUCUGGAACCUCCUAAAGCAGAAAAUGAUGGAAUGCUCCACCCGUAUGAAGAACUAGAAGCCCAACUACCAUCAUUGUUGGUGGAAGAACUUCAUUCUUUAACUCUACAAAUUGGUCACCUUUAUGAACUUCCUAGUAGUGUUCUGGCAGCGUUUACUAUUCAACAUCAGGCAAAGCUCUUUCCUCCAUCAUGGCAUUUAUUACAUCUCCAUUUGGAUAUCCAUUGGCUAGUGUUGGAAAUUCUUCAUGUACUAGGUGAAAAGAUGAUGAGACAAGUUGUAUAUGCUAACCAUUUCAUAAACCUAACCGGAGAGAAUUUAACCAGUAUCAGUUUAUUUGAAUCACACUGUGGAAAUCUCAUAUAUGAUUUAAUAAGUAUAUCCAUCAAUAAGUAUCUAAAAGUGAGACCUUCUGAAGCUCUUACUAGUCACCAUUACCCCUGUACCUGCAUUAAGGAAUUAUGGAUUCUAGUUAUUCAUCUGCUAGAUCAUAGAAGUAAAGGAUCUCACACGGAGUCUUUCUGGAGCUCAGUAAAUAUAAAUCUAAAGAAGGUCUUUGAGAAACCAAGUAAUUCUGACAGGAUGUCUGGUUUUGAGACAAUUCAGUGUAAAGACCCAUUGAGUUUUAGCUGGUGGAUUAUUACACAUCUGGCAUCACUCUACCAGUUUGAUCGUAAUGGAAAUCUAGAUGAAAAGAAACAGAAGGAAUCCAAUUGGAAAUUUGUGGAAGAACUACUCAAAAAAUCCAUUGAUGCUCAAUCUGGUGUGUUAGAGGAGCAGUUACGGAUGCACCUUCAGUGCUGUUUGACUUUGUGCGGCUUGUGGGACUUGAACCUAUCUGUUACCACCAUCCUCUGGGAUUAUUACAGCAAGAACCUGAACAGCUCCUUUACUGUUCCUUGGCUUGGUCUGAAGGGUCUGGCAAAUAUUAGUAAAAACCCUUUGUCAAUGCUCGAGCUGGUGAAAAGCUGCUGCUGUGACCAACCGAUCCCUGCUCUGUACAAUUCUAGCAACAGUUACCUUCUUUUCCUCUGCAUUUUGGCACGGAUGAUGAAAGAAGAGGCCGAGAGCAGUGGUGUGCAUCCCUGGAAGCAAGUAAAGGGACGAAUUUAUUCCAAGUUCCAUCGGAAAAGGAUGCAGGAGUUGACAGAAGUUGGUCUGCAGAACUUCUUUAACCUUUUCCUUUUGCUAGCAACUGUUGCAGAGACAGAAGACAUAGUGAGUCGAGUGUUGGAUCUCUUGGAUUUCCUGACUCCAUCCUCUGUUACUGUCUCUCAGAGAGCUCUCAUUUGGAGAGGCCAGUUUGCUUUUCUUCUGAUUUAUGUUGAGAAGAACAUGGAUAUCAGUGUCCUAGCUGAGAAACUCGCCAACGCUUUCCGGGAAAAAGCAAAGGAGUUUUUGGUAACCAAAAAUGACUACACCCAGAAACAAAAUCUCUGGACUUUACUUUCAACAUACAUUGAUGGUGUCCAAGAAGUGUUUGAGACCAGCUGUGACCUGAAUCUUUCUCAGGAGAAGCUGCUAAAUGAUGGCUUUACCAUGCUGCUGCCUGCUUGUCGAGGAGCUGAACUGAGUCUGGUCCUAAAUUUUUUACAGGUUGUUCUAGCAAGACUUCGGUCACCCAGAGACUGCGGGAAGGCGUCCCGGAGCCUAAUCUCGGCCCUGCUGCACGCGUGGGCUCUGCGGCUGCCGCUGGCCUGGGCUGGCUGCAGCGCCCACCAAGAAUGCGGCCUCGGUGCCCGUGGUCUGCAAGGCGCUGUGGGUGGUUGUGUCCCCAUGGCCUUAGUGGGAGGAGGAGAUGGGCACACGUCCCACUGCAGGGACCUUGUCCCUGUGUCCCACACGGGGCCCUUGGAGAGCAAAUCAAAUGUGGCUGGGCUUGUAGGAGCCCGGGCGCAGCCAGCGCGGCCUACGGAGCAGCGGCCCCCUCAGUGCCCAUCGCGUGCGCAGGCUGCCGCGUCUCGGGUGCUUCACUCUCCUGCUGGACCCGAAGUUUCCCCUUGCUUCAGGAACGCACGUUUGGGCCGGCACAGGCAGGGCUGGCGCUGCAGGAGCUGCAUCCGAAGCGAGGGUGGCAGCUCCUCACCAGGUGCAGCCCACGGCCCGAGCGCGCACGGCCGCGCGGGCCCCGGCCCUGCGCCGCUGCCGCCGGCGGCGGGUAACGAGCACCACCUUGCUGUGGCCGCCGCGCUCUGGAGAAACUGCUUCCCCUUCCUGAAGAGCCAGCGGAUGGCGCAGGCGCCGCCCGGCCCGCAGCUCGCCGACACGGCCGCAGGUUUUACUCUCUUAGCUCUGGACAUGCCCAGCAAAGCCCUGUCAGAGCUGCAGCCGCAGCCUGUUCUGUCGAUGCUGCAGUUGUUCGGGUGGGAUGACAUGGUGUGGCCUCAGCUGGUGUCAAGAUACCUGAGUCACCUAAUACCAAACAGUGAGCUGCACGAAGCCGUUUCCAGUAUGGGCUACCCCUCCUACGAAGCUCUGACAGUUCGUUCCUGGUUCCGAUGCGUUCUGCAAAUGUUCCUAGAUCAUCCGACGGGUGCGCUGGCCAAGACAGAUGCUGAGCGAACAGUUGGGAAAGUCUACAUGGAGCAGCUCUCUGAACUGACAAGACUGGUUUUUAAACUCAAAGAAGUGGAAAACAUCCUCUCAAAGGCUCAUCUCGAAGAGCCGUUUUCCAAGCAAGACCCUAAAAAUGCUCUUGUCCAGUUUAUUAAGGCUGUUGGAAAAACUUACAGUGGCCUUCAGACACUCCCUGAAAAAUCCGCCAUGGUAGCAAAGGCUCUGGAAUACUUAGGUGAUGUGUUGAAGUAUGUGAAACCUUAUCUGAAGGUGAAAGGCCCUCCCGAAGGCCUGCAGCUUACCUACUGGAUCAUAGGGUGUCUUGUAAAGUUCUGGGCACCGAUCCUGGCCACGUCGAGGGCGCAGCAGCUGCUCUUCCGCAUCAUAGACUGCCUGCUGCUGCCCCACUCCGUGCUGCAGCAGGACAAGGAGCUGCCCGGCGCCUGGCUCUCCGCCCUUCAGGAGAGCCUCCCCCUUUACCUGCAGGGCUUGUCCUUUAUAUGUUGUCAGCCCCUGAAUCAGGGGCCCUAUUUGAAUCAGCUGCUUGGGAACAUUAUUCAGCAGUAUUUUGGACGCUUCCUCCCUUCCUCACCGUCGGCGCCGGCCGUGGGACUGCAUCCCGUGGCAGUAGCCCUGAGCUCCUCCAUGAUGCCCGCCCAGAUGCUCCAUCUAUGGAAGACCACUCUGCACGUCAUCAAGGAGCAGCACCUGGAGGCGCGAGGGGCCGCGCCGCCCCGCCUGCCGCCCGUGCUCAAGUGCCUGCUGCUCGGGAGCGACCCGCAAGUUAAAAAAAUAUCUACAGACAUUCUGCAGUACGUGGUAGAAGGCUGCCAAGCAGGGGCAGGAGGAGAACACGCCGCCCAGCUGACUGCUGUCUUUAGGCAGUUUAUCCAGGACUACGCAGCCCUCUAUGAUCAGCGGGUUUUCAGCAUCCUCGAAACAGUGGCCGUCCUGGAUCAGGCCUUAGUCGCCUGCCUGAUCCCCACGAUCACAGAGUGUCUCAAGGACUCGGAGCACAAGCAAGGCCUUGGAAGGAACUCGGCGCAGAGAGAAGCCUACAAGAGACUCUUAUCUCACCUCGCAGAGGCUGGACAAAAUGAGAUACAAAAGCUGGAAAAUGAGACAGAUUAGCAGCGUGUUGGCAGUGGAUCCCUGCCUCUGGAAUCUUCUCUCACUGUUGACACCUGAAACAGGACUUUGCGACACACGGCCCAAGCUGUUUAUCUUUACAACUGCAAUGCACUGGGCCUUUUUUUGGGUCAGUCAUUGAUUAUAGUGAUUUCUGCAGUAUUGGAAUAAUGUCAUGUGUGUGAACUCAUGCAACUCAAUAUAUUGUUAAAUGACAAUUGAAAUAUGUUUCCUGUUAAAAUGUUUACAUGAGCAGAAGAGCCUGCACAGCAGCCUACGAGGUGGGAUUUCAGAGGACCAAAAUUCCCAUUUCAAUUCACAUUUUCAGUUCAUCUGGUCUCCUAGCAGUGAACCUUUGAACCCCCUUCCCUUUGAACUCGCUAUGUUCUUAAGAAACUUGACAGCUCCUCAGCUUCUAAUUCAAACUAUUAGUAGGGUGGGAAAGACAGUGACCCCCCUGUGCAGAGCAGGGUGCUGGGCUCUGUCCUGGAGCUCUCCUACACCAAGGGAAGCCUUGGGAGCAUCCUGUAUGGAAGUCGUGCAGCGUCCUCCUGUAUUGAAACAAGAA